UUUUCAUUGAAAUUUUGAUUAAUAUUUUGUUUAUAAAAAUUAUCUAAAGAAAUAAAUUAUUGAAUGGUUAAAAAAUAUGAAUCUUCUUUCUUUCUAUAAAAACAUAAAUUUAAUUUGAAAUAUAAAGACUUUGUUUACAUAAAUUCAAUAAAAUUUAUAGCAUAUCUAUAUUAUUAAAGAAUUAUUAACAUUUUAAUAUUAUAUAUGUGCUAUGUAGCUUUUUGUAAACAAAAAAUUGUACAUUUACAAUGGAAAACAAAAAAACGUUAUUAAAAAGAAUACUAAUACCGCGAUACAAUUCUCUAACAUCGUGACACAUCUAAAGUAUAUAAUAUUUACAUGGAAAACAAAAAUCAUUCUUGCAAAAGCCAACACCCGCGCGGGCGCGCGGAUCCAUCUCUAGUACUAAUUAAGUUGUGUGUUUUUAUUUGCAGUGUUGAAUGGUAGUAUUGUACUGUAUUUGAAGUUUUGUAAUUUUAUUUGUUUAAAUAUUAUUAAUUUAGUAUUACUAUUUUUAAGAAAUUAGUUAAGAAAUAAAACACUGAAAACUAUGUCAUUUUUUAAUUAUUUAAAUUAAUUAAAAUAAUAAAUUGUCACUAAUAUUAACUAGAAGAUGAUUUAGAGUGUUAAAAAGGUGUUGAAUAAGUUGACCAGAAAAAAAUCGUUCAGAUGGACCUUUCAUACAAAAUUUAAGAAAAGUCGUCUCUUUCAAAAAGUUUACACAAUAUGAGUGUAUUUGUUUACUUAAGCAAACAAUUUGGUCUUUUAUUUCAAAUCGGAUACCGAGUCUUGUUCUAGAUAUUUCGGGUUAUGGUUUUUAUCCGAACCAAAUGGAUAUUCGAAACCCCUCUCCUCUCCCCACCCCCAAAUAACUGAAUCCCAAUUCAACCCCAACUAAAUUCGAUUGGACAUCCAAACGUCCAUGUGUUUAAUAUAAAUCAAUAUGAUUAAAUGUUCAGGUUGGCCUUUCAUGCAAUGUUUAAGAAAAUUCAGCUCGUUUUAAAAGAUUAUACAAUAAGAGGUCCUUAUAUUGCAAUAUUUACUUAAACAAUUGUCGUCUUCUUUGUCCCACUCUUUCUCUCUCACACACUGAAUUACCUUCCGAAUCGGUCCACUUUCUUUCUCUCUCUACAUUGUCUGUUCAACUUCUCAACAUUUAAAAAAAACCCUACGCUGGCUUGUGAUUUCAAGGGUUUUAAAAGUCCCCAAUCAGACUUAGCCCUAAAGAUAAAGGCGAAAGGUGUCGACUUUGUGCGAUUCUUUUUGUUUCUCUGCCUUUUUUUUUAUUACAUUGCCUUGUUUUUUUUAUGUCGUAAAACCAAAUUAGCAAAGAACAGCCUUUGAAAACUAGGGUUUUAUCUUUGGUGUUUUGAUCCUACUGGUUAGUUUAUCUGAUUCACCGUUACAUCGGUGCAUAGAUUCUGUAAUGGUUAUGUCAAAAGAUAAGAUUUUUAUUUCACUUUUUUCAGUUUUGACAUGGGUUCAUAGAUAGUGUUGGCUAGUAGAAGUUUUCUGAGUAAGAUUCUUCUUAGAUUCUUGAGUUUUAUUAAUUUUUCGCUUCCCAUUUCGUAUUGCAGGUUGCUAAAUUUGUAAGCAAUGAGUCCUGGUCACAGCAAAAUGCCUUCAGAUUCGAUAAAAGUAGUCCCGGGUAGGAGUAAACUGCGGGUUGAAUCUUCAAACCCAGUUGCCAGAGGGACUCCAAUGCGUAGAACUUCAAAGGUGAUGUUGAUCACUCCAGAGGAAGCUGUUAAACUAUCUUCCGGAUUCAAUCAAGUGCUUGUUCCUCCAGUUUCUGAAUCCCCGAGACCUAAGAUUGCUCGAGCAACUUCUGAGUCACCAAGACCUAAGAUUGCUCGAGCAACUCCUGAGUCACCAAGACCUAAGAUUGCUCGAGCAACUUCUGAGUCACCAAGACCUGUUCUGGCUGUUAAAAUUCCUGAAGCGCUAAGACCUGUCCCGGCUGUUCGAACUCCUGAAGCAUCAAGACCUGUCCUGACUCGACCCACUUUUGAACCACCAAGAUCUGUAGCGGCUCAUUCUGCAACAGGUUUAAGAAAAAAGAUUGUGUGCGGUCUUCCAGCUAUGAGUUUGAAUACUACAACAGUUAGACGGAGAACCAAUCCAAGAAGUUUCCAUCAAUCUACGGAUGGCCUUCCUCCUAGUCCACGUGCUUUGCAGAUUCGUUCAAGGAUUAAACAACAAGCAGCUACUACUGCAACACAUACUGUAGAAGGGACAGUUGUAGAAGUUGGUGAUAAAGCUAAAGAUCAUGAUGCCAAGGAGACAUGUCAACCAGCCUCUAAUGAAAGAAUCUCAGAGUUGCUUCGUUAUCUACCAGCUCUGCAUCCUACUUGGAAGGGACGCAUUGUGGAUUCUGCUUCACUGCCUGAGUUCGACUGCGAGUUUUGUGCUAAACCAGCAUCCAAUAUCAGCAGGAAGGCACUGAGACUUUCAAAAGCGAUGCCAACGUUACUCGAGGUAGAACUGCUUCCGACAGGACAUAUUCUGAACGAUGUGUUUCACAGAAGCCCGAGGCUAUCAGAUGUGGAAUUGUACCUUUUCUCGGAUGAAAAGGAAACAGAAAGGUCUAAAAUGGAACAUGCUCAUCUGUUUGAGGCCAUGUCGACUCGCAAUGCCAUGAUCAAAGCUAAUAUAAACGGCACAGAGCUGUUGAUAUUCUCCUCCAAACAAUUGGACCAGACUUCCCAGUUCUUCCUCAAGAAGCAGUACAAAACAGAAAACUAUCUUUGGGGCUUCUUUCUCUCACAAGCACAUGUUCCAGGAACUUCUUAUCAAACUGAUAGAGACGUUGUUGACAUGGACAUAGACACUGAGUACCCAACCCCGAAUCUAGCUCUCAAGCUAAUAGCAGAAUCACAAAGCAUUCCCUCAAGCUCACCAGUGAAACGGAAAAGAGAAGUUAACGCGCCUCCUCCUGGUUUCGAGAAGGCGAACAAACAAGUUAGCGUGCCUCCUGGCUUCGAGAAGAUAUGGACACCACCCUUGGUGACACUCAACAUACACGGAACUUCAAACGCUCUCUCUGGUCUAACAGGAUCCGCUGGAUUAGUGCGUAACGAGUCAGGGAAGUGGGUGUUCGGGUACAGCAGGUGUCACAAGAGCAUCUCCGAAGCCGCGGCUGUGCUUUUGGCGAUCUACCAUGGUCUUAAACUCCUCUGGGACAGCGGCUGCCGAAGAAUCCGCUUGGAGACGACGAGCUUUGACGUCCUCGGUGCUCUGACAACAAAACCAGACCUCUUCUACAAGAGAAAAUCGAUUCUGGGACUGUGCAAGGACAUGAUAUUGAAGAGCUGGGAGUGUGACGUUUACCAUGUCGCCAAAGAGGAGAACUCGUGUGCGGAGUGGCUAGCUAGCAGAUUAGAUGGAGAGCAGAUUCAAGGAUUGGUUUUCUUCGAGUACCCUCCUCUAGGCCUCGUGGAUCUUCUGGAGAAAGACCGUCUUGCAGCUACCAAAUAACAGUCACAGUGAUGAGCACAGUUUUAGAUAGAGGUAGGUACAUAUCUUGAGAAUUUUGAGUGUUAAUGUGACAUCGCAUAAGUAAGUACUAGUGGAGUUUCAUUGUAACCCAAGACUCCUUUUGUGAAGAAUCUAAAUAAUAUGGUGUAACCAAA